GCCAGGGCGGGACGUGGGUCCUGCCGCUCGGACGCGCGCGAGUUCGGAGAACUCCGUCGGGCCAUGGAGAGCAGCAAAGGCAUCGAGAACCCGGCUUUCGUCCCCUCCAGCCCAGACACCCCUCGCCGGGUGUCUGCAUCGCCCUCUUACGUCGAGGUCUCUGCCCUGCCCACCGACAGCCCAAGAGAGGAUUCGCAGCCCCAGGAGCCUCAGAUGCCGCAGAAGUCACCGGAGCUACCGCUGCCUUCAGCCACUGCCCCUGGCUCCCACGGGCCGGCCGGGCCGGCGUCGCUGUCCGCGUGCGAGGAGGGGCCCUACGGAUGGGGGAACUUCCAGCCCCGGUGCCUCCAGCGCUGCAACACGCCCCAGGGCUUUCUGCUGCACUACUGCCUCUUGGCCGUCACGCAGGGUGUUGUAGUAAAUGGCCUAGUAAAUAUUAGCAUUUCCACUAUUGAGAAGCGCUAUGAAAUGAAGAGUUCUCUGACAGGCCUGAUAUCAUCAAGCUAUGACAUCUCCUUCUGUUUGCUGUCUUUAUUUGUAUCUUUCUCGGGUGAAAGAGGACACAAACCAAGAUGGCUUAUGUUUGCUUCGUUUAUGAUAGGCCUGGGAGCACUUGUAUUUUCAUUGCCCAAAUUUUUUAGUGGAAAAUACGAGUUGGGGUCCCUUUUGGAAGAUACUUGCUUAACAACAAGGAAUAGAACCAGCUGUACCUCUUCAAGUUCUUCACUUUCCAACUACUUGUAUGUCUUCAUCUUGGGGCAACUAUUACUAGGAGCAGGAGGAACUCCUCUCUACACCCUGGGAACAGCCUUUAUUGAUGAUUCUGUUCCCACACACAAAUCUUCUCUCUAUAUAGGAAUUGGCUACUCUAUGUCAGUAUUAGGACCUGCUAUUGGCUAUGUGUUGGGAGGACAACUGCUAACAUUGUACAUUGAUGUCAGUAUGGGACAAAGCACUGCUGUUACUGAAGAUGAUCCACGAUGGCUGGGGGCGUGGUGGAUUGGAUUUCUUAUAGCUUGGGUCUUUGCUUGGUCUUUGAUAAUGCCUUUUUCUUGCUUUCCAAAACAUUUACCAGGUACAGCAAAAAUUCAAGAUGGAAAAAUUUCUCAGGCUCAUCAGAAUAACAAUAGUCACUUAAAAUACACAGAUGAAAAUUUUGGAAAAAGUUUUAAAGAUUUUCCAGCUGCUCUAAAGAAUUUGAUGAGGAAUACUGUCUUCAUGUGUUUAGUUUUAUCAACUUCUUCAGAAGCCUUAAUUACUACUGGUUUUGCUACAUUUUUACCUAAAUUUAUAGAAAAUCAAUUUGGAUUAUCAUCCAGCUUUGCAGCUACCCUUGGAGGGGCUGUUUUAAUUCCUGGGGCUGCGCUUGGUCAGAUUUUAGGUGGUAUCCUUGUUUCAAAACUAAAACUGACGUGUAAAAACACAAUGAAGUUCGCUUUACUCGCAUCUGCAAUUGCACUUGCACUAAGUUUUGUAAUUCUUUUUGCCAACUGUGAAAAUGAGCCAUUUGCUGGUCUGUCUGAAACAUAUAAUGGGACGGGAGAACAGGAAAACUUGACUGCUCCUUGUAAUACCAAUUGUAACUGCUUGCGAUCAUAUUAUUAUCCUGUCUGUGGAGUAGACGGAAUCCAGUAUUUUUCUCCCUGCUUUGCAGGCUGUAAAAAUACGAGUUCAAAAAGAAGUCCAAAGGUGUAUCACAAUUGUUCCUGUAUUGGAAGGAAAGUAGAAAUAAUACCUACUGCAGCAAGUACUGGUUUUGAAGCUAAAGCUGGAAAAUGUGAAACUCGAUGUAUAUACUUGCCCGUAUUCCUUGGUGUUUUCUUUUGUAUAGUGAUUUUUACCUUUAUGGCUGGUACUCCUAUAACUGUGUCCAUCCUAAGGUGUGUUAAUCACCGACAACGGUCUCUAGCACUGGGAAUACAGUUUAUGUUGCUUCGAUUAUUAGGCACAAUCCCUGGACCAAUUAUAUUUGGUACCACAAUAGACAGCACAUGCAUUCUCUGGGAUAUUAAUGAAUGUGAAAUUAAAGGAGCUUGCUGGGUUUAUGAUAACUUGAAGAUGGCCCAUAUGCUAGUGACCAUAAGUGUUAUUUGUAAAAUCAUCACCAUUUUCUUCAAUGGGCUUGCAGUCUUUUUGUAUAAACCACCACCAUUAGGCAUGGAUGUGUCACUUCAAAAUCAGAAUACAGUUGUGACUACUGUAUCAGUAGAAUAUGAUCUCAACCAAGCAGGAAAUGAAGGGUGAAAUAGAAAAAGAAGAGACUUUUACAGCUGGAAAAUUUGCCUCCAUUUGUAAGAGUGCACAUUGCCAUUGCAGCAUUAUCCUGCCAGUAUGGACUAUCAUAUUUUAAAAAUCGAUAUUUUAUAACUGAAUGUGUUUUCUGUUUAUGUUUGGACUUCUAUUUUCUUUUGAUGUCAAAAACAGACCUGUGCCUUCAAAGCUCACCAAAAGCCUUAACAGAUACACACAUGCUGUCACUCAUAUAUACACAUUUUCCCAUUUUCUAGGUAUGAAAACCCCAAUAAACUAUACUAGAAAAAAAAAGGGCCAAUGAUUAUUUAAAGCUUACAUUUUAAAAGCAAAGUGAUGUUAUUGUGUCCCUCUUAUGACUUGUUUUAUUAUUGUUGCCAAUAGUUUGGGCUUAUUUAGAAAAUAUAUGAUAUAAAAUUUUCAACCAAUCAAACAUAUGUGAUUAUUUUCAAGAACUAUUACUGAAAGUUCAUGAAUUCAAAAAUAGCUGAAUAAUAUUAUUUAUUUUAAGUUUUACAUAUACUGUUCUGUUCUCUAUCAGUUACUGAACUGUUAGACUAUAGGAUAAUUAUCUUGUGUCCCAGUAAAUAGUGAACACAGAAAUAUCAGCAUUUUAUAUAGUUUCACAUUAACUCAAGAAUUCUAGGAGGUGAUUUGUUGAUAUUGCCUAUUUUUAACAAGUACCUUUUAUGAUUCUCUGCUAGUAUUCAGUUACAUGUCUUACGGAGAAAAGAACCAGCUUCAUUAAGAAAAGUGCCAGUUAGAGACGAAAAGUUCUUUUUCAGUGUCAUAGAUACAUUUUCUUUGAAAAGAUUUCCUGAUGACCUAUUGAUUGAUGUUUAUAUACUCAGUGAUUUUUCUCAUUUGAAAACUGAUCACCUAGUAUUUUACUUAUAGCACCUAAGAGUGCUUUGCUCAUAGUAGGCAUGUAUUAUUGUUGUUUGACUAAAACAGAAAACUUAACUCUUUAUCUGAUCUAUUCAUUUGAGAGAUAAAGCAUUUCAUGUAUUUGAUAAUAUUUGAUCACAUAUUUGAUUACACUCCAUUUAUGUAAGUCAGACAUAGGCCAAUUUUAUUUACUCAGAAUGUGGAGGAAACAGAUCAGUGAACAUCAGCAAAAGUAAAUUCUUACCUGGUCAAGAACUUUACUGAUUAAAAGACUGUUUAAGUUCAUACCCAUUUGAAGUUUUCAUAAAAAUAAGGUUACUAAUUUAAUAAGAUUCAUUAUCAGCUUUCCCUAGGUUAGCUUUUUGGAAGCAUUGUGUUAGUUACACUGUGAUCAGAAUAACAGAGGAAAUGAAACCAGGACUAGAUGGACUAGUAAUGUAACAGAGCAUAAGAGUUUGUUUGGUGGUAAGCCAAUGAUGAAUCAAGAAAUUAGUAGUAUUUGUGAACUGAAAUGUAAGGAGUGAAUUGGAGUUAGGCAAGCAAGCACACUUGAGUAUUAAAUAAUUAGAAGAGCACAGUGGGUCAGGAAUCAGAGACAGAGCUACUUCGACCAGGAACAUUUGAACACCAGAGGUUGAAGCCAGAUGGGUAGUCAAAACCUAGGCAUUUGGGAAGCAGGAAAUUUAUAGCAACCAAAGAAGCAAUGAAAGGUAGGCAGGGGAACCUCAAGCCUGUGACACCUCAAUUCAGGAACAACUUUCCCACCCAGUCAGAGACAUCUUAAAUGCUGCUUCCUGUUGGAGCCAAGGCUAAAAGGGGAGUUUAGGCUUUCGGUGCCCUGUAUAUGGAAGCAGGGAAUUGAAUAGAAAAUUUUUCUAGCUUUAAAAAAAAUGGCAAAUCCCAAGGAACUCAUUGACAGAGAUGUGAAACAACAACAAAAGAGGAAACAAAAUAAGUAUAUAUCAUAUUAGUCUAAGGCCUUUAAUUUAGACAGAAGAAAAAAACCACCCCAUACAUAGAAUUAGUUUGAUGAGCAAGUUGCUAAAUAAUUACAAUUCAUAAUAAUUUUUAGUUAUCAAGGGUUUCAUUGUAUUCAGUGUACUCAAAUUUAUUAAAUGAUACUUUUUACAGACUUUUUAAUGAAAAUGGUUAAUGUGAAAAUAAUUUUGGCUCUUGAAGGAAGUCAGACUUAUUUAUAACAUACGUAUUUAUAAAGAAUACCUCCAUUCAUGAUGGGGCAGUAUAUACACUACUAUAAUUUAUAAACAUUGUUUAUACUUUUGCAUCACCUAGAUUAUAUGGAUUGAUAUGCUAUUUUUAGAACAAAGUUUUCAUAGUAUGUGUUUUUCACAAUUUAUGUGACUUCAAGUAAGACUGAGUCAAAGUUUACCUCUGGUAAUUUUGUACAUAAUUGGAGCUUUGUCUUAAAAUUUUUAACAUUUGGAUUUUCUUAGUUGUAGGAAACAAAUGUAAAACUCUUACAUAGAAAGAUCUGUAUAAAAUUGGCUUAGGUAUUUAAAUUGGAGAAAAAUAUAAAACUUUUGCUCUAUUUUCUUUCAAGACUAUCUUUGCUUCAAACAAUUAUGCAAAAUGUAUAUACAUAUAUUUUUUAAAAUCAGAAUGUUUAUACUAGAUUAAGUGUUUCAUCUUAUUAAAUGGUACAGAUUUUGAAAUACAAUUUCCUUCUGUUUAUGAAUACACAGACAUUUCAUGGUGGGGAGAGGGAAUAUCAGUGUACCUUUGAAACAUGGUAAAUGUAAUUAAUCUGGUGAUUUCUCAACAGGUGUUUUAAUCUAAACCAUAUUUGUUUUGAAAUAUGUACUAAAAUUCUUUCACACGGUAGUUUCCAUGUGUGGACAGUAGACACAUGAAAUUUAUAUGAAUAUAAUGCAUGUUGCCUAUGGUUGUGAAAUAUUUAACACUGCAAAAGCAAUGUAGUUUGGAAAGUUUAUACUUAAUUCAUCUAGGGGUAUCAAAAUAGUCAGUACAAUGUUUUUAAAGAAAUCAGAACAGACAUUCAUUUGAGAUGCAAUGUCCUUU